AUGAGCGAUGCCUUUGUCCAUCCGGCCGCCGUGAUUUUGAAUCGUGAUCUAGAGCAGGAGUCGCCUGAGAUCUUGGCCGCCCUGUCGCCGCUCGGGCGGGGGGCGGUGUUUCCGCCCGAUAUUCCGUUUCAAGCGGCAGAGGCUCGCGCCACGCAGCUCAAUGGCACCAUCGGCGUGUUCACCGACGGUCAGGGCGGCGCGGUGCCGCUGCCGGCGAUUGCCGAAGGGCUGGCGCUCGAGCCGACGGCACGCGACCGGGCCUUGCUCUAUUCGCCGGUCGGCGGCAUGCCGGACCUGCGUCGGGCUUGGCGCGAGCGGCAGCGGCGCAACCAGCCAGAGGGGAUCCCGUCAAGCUUGCCGAUCGUUACUGUCGGCCUGACCCACGGGUUAUCGUUAGUAGCGGACCUGUUCGGCGGCCCCGGCCGGCGAGUGGCGAUCCCGGGCCCGUUUUGGGGCAAUUACCGCCAGACCUUUACCCUGCGCACCGGCGCUGAGGUGCGUAGCGAGCCAUGGAUCACGGAGGGGCGCUUUCGGCCGGCGGCGAUCGCUGAUUGUUUGCGCGAUCUGCCAGCCGGUGAGCCGGCGGUGGCGCUGGUGAAUUUCCCCUCCAAUCCCGGUGGUUAUUCGCCAACCGUUGCCGAGCGCGCCGCGCUGCGCAACUCGCUGCUCGAGAUCGCAGAGGUGCGGCCGCUGGUGGUGUUGUGCGACGACGCCUACGCCGGGGUGGUCUACGACGAUUCGAUUCCCAAGCAAUCGAUGUUCUGGCAGCUCACUGGUGCCCAUCCUCGGCUGUUGGCGGUGAAGAUCGAUGGCGCUACCAAGGAGCUCGCCUUCUUUGGCGGCCGGGUGGGUUUUCUGACCUUCGGCGUCGAGCACGGAUCGAAGACCGAAGCGGCGCUCGAGAGCAAGGCGAUGGGGCUGUUGCGGGCGACCGUCGGCUCGCCGGUGGCGAUCAGCCAGAUGCUGCUGCUACGGGCCCUCGAGAGUGGCGAAGCAGAGACCCAGAUGGCCGAGAUCCACCGUAUCUCCCGGCGGCGCUACGAGGCGGUCAAGCCGCUCUUGGACGAGCUCGACCCGGCGCUGCUGCGACCGAUGCCGUUCAACGCCGGCUACUUCGUGUUGUUCGAGCUGCCGGCAGGGAUCGACGCCGACAAGGUCCGCCACCAUUUGAUCGAGCAGCACUCGACCGGCGUGGUGUCGAUCACCGGCCUCUACUUGCGCUUGGCGUUGUGCUCGGUGCGGACCGACGACCUGCCGGAGAUGGUGCGGCGGAUCGAGACCGGUGUGCGCGAGAUGGUCGAGGCGUAG